UUUGUUGGGUUGAGAGGAGAAGACUUUCUCUCCACGCGUCUCUUUCCCAACCUUCACUCUCUCUGCGCCCCUAAUUUUAGAACCCCCCAGCUCUUUUCUUCACCUUCUAAAAUUCCCAUUGCGCUGGUUGGUUGAUUUGCUUUGCCUCGCAAAACUCGGUAAAUUCCAAGCUCCCUCUCUCAAAACCCUUUUUAUAUUAGAAUUGCUUCUCUGAAUUGGACACUGUUGCAUUGAUUCAAUUCCACCCCAAGUUUGGAUUUUUAUGCUUUUUGUACUUGGAAAAAAUUGAGGGCAUUGAUUCAAUUUAACCAUGCGUUGGGAUUUUUAUGCAAUUGGUGCUUGGAAAAUUUGAGGGCAUUGAUUCAAUUUCAACCCAAGUUUGGAUUUUUAUGCAAUUGGUACGUAGGAAAAUUGAGGGCAUUAAUUCAAUUUCACCCCAAGUUGGGAUUAUUAUGCUAUAGGUAGUUAGGAAAUUUGAGGGGAUUUGUUGUUUCUGUUCUGGGCUUUUUUUGAUUCGUAGCUGUCUGUUAGGUGCUAUAGGAUGGCUUUGAAUCUGUCUCGUGGCUCAGUUCUGCCUAAGUAUCCUUCCCCAGAGCAUAGUUUGUGUUCUUCUGUUAGGUGUUCUAAUGGGUAUGUGAGGGAUCAAUGUAAAGAGAAGAGUUUGGAUGGUGAUGCAUCGAGUUCGAAUUCGGAGUUGAAGAAGAAUACCCAUUACAAGGGUGAAGUGGGUGGCUAUUGUGAGCCUUCUGUUGAUGAUAUUCUUGAUAGGUUGCCUGUUGAUCCUUUUGGGAUGGAUAUGAGGUCUACUUUUACGGCGAUUAGUGGUUGGCUUGAGGAUUUUGAGAAGGGGUGUGAGUCUUAUGGGUUUGGGGUGGAUGAGCAGAAGAAGAAGGUGGGGGAUGGUGGGUUGUUUGCUGGUCUGAAUUGGGUUUGGAAUAGCGCUGUGAUAUUUCAGCCGGAACUGGGUGAGGUGAAGUUUGAUGGAAUAUCGAUUCCAUAUGAUAGCUUUGAUGGGUUUGGGAUCAAUGAUGGAGGUUUUGUAUUGGACGACAAUGUGGAGGAGUUUCUGGGUUUUGGCCAUGUGGUGAACUUGGAUGUUGGUUAUGGAGCUAAGGAACUGCCGGUUGGAACUAUGGAAAGGCCAGAAUGUAGCAUAAAGAAUUUUGAUAGUGAAGGGGGUGCUCCACAUGAUGCUAUGUUUUAUGCAUUGGGUUAUCUCGGCGUUCAGGAUCUUCUUUCAGUUCAACGGGUUUGCAGGUCUUUGAAUCAUGCAGUCAAAAGUGAUCCUCUUUUAUGGAGGAGCAUUAACAUUGAUUGGCCGUUGAAUGAGAGGAUCACUGAUGAUGCUCUUGUAAAUUUAACUAGCAGGGCUCAGGGUAAUCUUCAAACCUUAAGUCUAGUGCAUUGUGCAUGGAUUACCGAUAUUGGGCUGCAUCGCGUGUUUGACAGCAAUCCAAGGCUGACAAAAUUAAGUAUUCCAGGAUGUAUAAAAAUAAGUGUUGAGAGCAUCUUGUUAAACCUAAGGACCUUGAAGUCUGCAGGCAAACCUGGAAUAAAGCAGUUAAGAAUUGGAGGUCUCUCUGGUAUAACAGACAAGCAGUUCGAAGAGUUAAAAUUCUUGCUUGGAGCAGAUAACCAUAUCCAGGUUAAAGCCCCAAAACCACGGUAUUUUCAUGGUGGGCUAUCAUAUCUCUCUUGUGAUGAUGAUUGCGCCAUCGACAUUGAAGCAUGCCCCAGGUGCCAGAGACUAAGUUUAGUUUAUGAUUGCCCAGCAGAGAGUUGCCAAGGGAAAUAUCAGAAGGCUCAGAUGUGCAGGGCUUGCAUACUCUGCAUAACUCGCUGUAUUAGCUGUGGGUGUUGCCUCGGAGACUGCGAUUAUGUGGAGACGUUUUGCCUACAGUUGCUUUGUUUGGAAUGUUUGGAGAACCUACUCAACUGUCAAGAGAGGCAUGGAGAAAAAGGUGCUACCAAAUGUGCCAUAUUUUGUCAGGAGAGCAGGUAUCAGUUUUGCCUUUUUGGCUAAUGGGAAACCACAUUGCUGCAUAUUGGUGUGCUGUUGGUUCUGGACUGGAAUCUAGAAGGUUUGGCUGUUUAAAAAAAUGGGCAGAAGCUAUUUAAUGCAUGCUUAGUUUCCUGAGGAUUUUUGUUACCAUGAGGAAAUUGCAUGAAGGAAAAAGAAAAAAGAAAAAAAAAAAGGAAAAUGUAAAAAAAUAGAAAAAAGAACAGAACUGAGAGGAGUCUUGCGGAAGGGAAAGUGAAAAUAAAAGAGGUAGUAUGGAGAAGUUUGUUUUGAAAAUUUUAGCUCAUUCCCAAGUGAUUCCCGUCCUGAGGGGUUGCCAAAGGCAAUGAAGAAAACUAUCUGGGAAACUUUACGGAGUGGAAUUGAAGCAGUAUGUGAGUAACUGUUGAUUGGUAGUGGAAGCGAUAUUCGUUGUCAUCAUCAUCAUCAUCGAAGUUGAGCAGCAGGCAGAAGGUUCUGGGAGAAGCAGUUGGACUGUUGAAGGACUGAUGUGUUAUAUUUCAAAGGAUCUCCUUUUGCAGUUGCAGCUGAUGCAUACAAUUUUUUUAUUUAUUAUUGGGAUACAUGUUUCUAUUGUGCCUUUCCAUUGCCUUGAGAGUUUAAUCCAUACUUGUGCAAUGAGCAUUCUUCCUGCUUAUACUAAAUAAUGCCAGUGAUGGGCUAUGAUGAUAAAUUUGUGCGCACUAGAAGGACUUGAAUGUAGUCAUCUUUUUCAUUUCAGAAUUGUGACCAGUGGAUUUUCAUUACUUGAUUGUCUGCUGUUGAUCGGUUUAAGAACAACACUGAUUUUAUUUAUACUAGAGACGUGAAUUAGAUACUUUCCUGCUUUCUUUAGAUACUAUGUUCUGUACUUGAAACUAGUUGUUUGCAUCAUGACAUUUCUCUCGAUAAUAUUUGAUAGAUGA